GGAUUUAUCUCCUCCACAAUGCUGGAACAGAUAUCAUCAAAACUCUUUUCUACGGAUUCUUUCCCAAAGGCAGUUUUCCUUGUGGUUGUGGGGUAUUGUACUUAAAAUGGUUCGAAGGCUAGUUUUGGAAAAUGUGAUGUGCUCUUGUGCCUAUUUGUAGGCCUGUUAUAAAUAGGUUUGGCAGGGUACGCAUGCUCAUGUUUGAUUGGAAAUUGCACAGUGCCUUGAGCCGGAGAGAGUGGUGGAUCCUUAUACAAAGAGACAAAAGGAAAGCUAUGAAUGCUGCUAUCUCCCAGAUUUAGAGCCACAGAAGAAAACCUAAUUUGUUUUGGUGGAUGUACAUCAUCAUCUGUUGCUUGUUUCUCUGAGGAAGUUUCUCCUGGGGAUUUAAGUUUGAAAGAGAAACGUUAUUUGUUGGAGAAUGAGUUCCAGGAGGCAGAUGACCCGCUCCUACUCUGCGGGGGACGGGAGGUCCAGCUCCCACAAUGGAGAUGAUGUCAUAGGGAGUAGCAGAGCCAGCAGCCGCAGCUACCUCUCUGAUGUCAGGCCUGAAAACAGCUACUCCAGUCACAGCUAUUCUCAGUACAGGCCAACAAGGAGCACACUACAUUGUGUUAUGGCACAUUUAACGGAGGAGACCCAGCCAUCCUUUGAGACGACAUUAAAGUCAAGAGCCGUAUCUGAAACCUGUAGCAUCAAGUUCACCUGUGAGGUGUCAGGUCACCCCGCUCCAGAAGUGACAUGGUAUAAAGAUAAUUUGCAAUUGGACAGAUACUGUGGACUACCUAAAUACAACAUUUCCCACAAUGGACAAAACCAUUCACUGCACAUUUACAAUUGCACUAUGGAGGAUGCAGCCAUCUACCAGGCGUCAGCCAGGAACAACAAAGGCAUUGUGUCCUGCUCUGGAGUCCUUGAGGUGGGGACGAUGAGCGAAUACAAGAUCCACCAGCAGUACUUCGCCAAGAUCAAACUGAAGGCCGAAAACACACGCAGAGAGCUGGAGGAGCCCAAGCCGUGGGACAAGGAGAACCACGGGUCUCCUGGUAGUCGGCAGGAAACACUGAGGACCAUCAGUCCAGAUCGGUCCCAGAGGAAGCGACGGUCCCCCAUGGACCCCAGCCUCAGUGCCAGCUUUAUGGAGGAUGAAGUGGUUGAGGAGAGCACUCAGGCUCAUGCUGGGGAGGCAGAGGCCAGGCUACAGGACACACCUGUGGUGGGGGAAGAAAAACGGGAAUCUAACAGGUCCAAUGUCAAUGGACAGGCAGCCAUUACAGAAAAUAGCAGCAACAAAGGCCGGACGUAUGUUUACGAUUCAGUGCAGAAGUCUUUUGCUCCACACACACCAAAAGCAUUACUGGCCAAGAAGAAGAUAAAGAUCUCCAAUGGAGAGGAUAGUGGGAUGACGGCUGAUAGCCAAGCAGGGAAGAAGCCUGAGGAGAGAGGGAUGAGUGAAGAAAGAGAGGUCAGUGUGACACCCUGUCUGGUUGAGUCCUCACCCUCACUGGGGUCAUCAGAAGAGGCCCUGGAAGUGGAGAGUGCUGUUGAAACUUCAGCCUCAAAGACAGAGAAUUUAAAAUACAUUAAUCAGUCUGAGAGAGCCCCACUGAACAACACUGUGUCAGUAAUGGAAGAAGUGAAGGUCCAAGUGAAGGAGAAAGUACCUGUACAAACCCCACCACACAAUGGAGAGCCUAGCAUCCUGUCUCCUUCUACUGGGCUCCUCUCUACAGAAACCAUCUCAGGGAAUAAGAGUCAGAAUGCUGCAGUGGCUCAGGUGACCCAAAAUGUUGUAAAUAACAAUAUUAUGGGGAGUCAGAGUACAGUUCCUCCUGUCACCUCAAGUCCUUCAGCUAAACUAAAACCACAACCAAGUCCUUCAGCUAAACUAAAACCACAACCAAGUCCUUCAGCUAAACUAAAACCACAACCAAGUCCUUCAGCUAAACUAAAACCACAACCAAGUCCUUCAGCUAAACUAAAACCACAACCAAGUCCUUCAGCUAAACUAAAACCACAACCAAGUCCUCCUUCAGCGAAAUCACAAUCACAACCACAUCAACCAAGUCCUCCUUCUGUGACGUCACAACCACAACCAAGCCCUUCAGCAAAACCACAGCCACAACCAAAUCUUCCUUCUGCAAAACUACAACCACACCCAUGUCAAUCAAACCCUUCAGUAAAAUCACAACUAGGCCCUCAUUACCACCACAACCAGAUCCUCCUUCUGGGAAACUACAACCACACCAAUUCAAGUCCUUCAGUAAAACUACAACCAGGUCCCUCAGUAACACCACAACCACAACCAGAUCCUCCUUCUGCGAAACUACAACUACAACCACAACUACAAAUACGUCAACCAAGUCCUUCAGAGAAACUCCAAGCAAGUCCUUAUGCGAAACCACAACCACAAUCACAACAGAGUCCUUCUGCGAAACUACAACCACAACCACUUCAAACAAGUCCUUCGAAUUUACAACCACAACCAAGUUCCUCUGUCACACCACAACCACAAGCAAGUCCUUCAGUAACAACUCCACAGGUUUUGAGCAACACACCAGAGAACAUUAAAACCCAUCAAAGCAACGUAACAGACAUGGAGGUAGACGAUAAGCCUUCUGUCCUGGAACACCUAAACAGCACCACUACUCCACUAAAAGGUCAAACUGAAUGCCCGGGGAAGGAUUCAGCAUCAGUGCUUGAGGUGCUAAACUCAGAUAAUUAUUAUCAUGGAACUGGAACUGCAGUUGAAGUUGCUGGGGAAUCAGUGAAGUCAGUACUAACAUCACCCUGUAAGAGCAGCGAGGCUGUCUCUGCCUUGCCUCAUCGUCUGUGUGAAGAGUCAGGAGAUCAGCUGUCUGUGGAGGAAACAAGCACGUGCCUAAAGAAUGUGUCUUUGUCUCGACUGCCUGCGCAGCUGGUUGGGGAGGUUACACAGAACCACAGACAGACAGAGAGAGAGUGGAAGGGAACACCUGUCGGGCAAGAACCUGUAAUACUAACCAUCCGGAGAAAGCUGGACGGACAAUCACCUUCGCCACGACAACGUUCUCCAUCGUCAUCGGACAGAGAAGUCACAGCAAAUGCCAACAAACGAUCUCCUACUUUGCACAAUCCUCCGAGCCAAUCGGCCUCUGACAAAAUGAUGCAGGGCACACAGGAUCAUUCCAGGGGAUCAAAUGAGAGCCAUACAUUACCUUUUACAGAGCCACUAAAGUCACCCCUGGAAAGCCCGGGUGUUGGUGAGAAAACCUUGGGGUGUAGUGUUUCCUCAGUAGGCCAGCAAGGCCAAGUUGAGAUAGCUAUAAAAACCGUUGGUGAGACAGAAAUACAAGUUGACGUUAAAGUACAGGGUAAUAAUUUGGCUGAGUUACAUGCACAGGGAGGCAGUUAUGAGAGAAGAGUUGACAUGGAAACUGUUUAUAAAGUUAGCAAAGUUCAGGAAGGUGAAAUUGCACCUGAAAAGAAAACCGUUGAAAGUAUAGCAGUGGCUGUAUGGGAUGAGAAGAGUAUACCUGUGUUGAAGAUGGCAGAAUGCCAAGAUCUUUCUCUAAAUCCCCGCUUUCAGCCUAUUAUUCCAGACACAUCACAGACGGCUGACACAACAACAAGUGUCCCAAACACAAACAUCUCAGAGCAACAAGCAAAAGCCCCAACACCUGUAGCCAAAGUCAUGUCUAUUGCCGAGAUUCUAAGGUCACAAAUGGAGAAAAGUGCCCCUACAGAAGUAAGUCCAGUGUCACCCAUUUCAGAUGCACCCAUUUCAGUGGCACUUAUUUCAGUAGCUACCAUUUCAAUGCCCCUUAUACAAAGUCUAAACACAGACCAACAACCUAAAUGUCCCCCAUCAACUGACAUACAGGAUGUGAGAAUGCAAAGUCCAGAGUUGAGGAUGGAUGAGAGAGAGUACAGGCAGGAACCUGAGAAAGACACUUGUAAGAAGGAAACCAAUAUGUCUGUCAGUUCUAUUUCAGCUUCAAAUGUAGAAUAUAGAUUUAAUACCUCUGAACCAGAACGAGUUGAGACACCCAUAGUUACUCCUGUGACUGAAGCCUCACCUAAAGCUUUUGUUAUUCCUCCUAUCUCUAUUGUAGACAUGGACGGCACUUUAGAGAACAGUAAUCCUCCUGUAUGUAUAGUAAUGGACAUUGAAAGUGUCAUGGAUACAGAGCGGGAGCAUCUUUUGGAUCACAAUGCUGAUAUUAGUCUGGCUGCGAAUAAGGAUGGUCAAAAAGAGUCUUCUCUUGUUACUCCUGAGCAGAAGUCCUUGGACAUCACAGUUCCUCCUCCAUCCAUCUCAUCUGUUACCUUCCCUGCAGAGAAACAACAAACACUAGAAAAUACAGUCAAAGGGAUGGAUUCUUCACACUCACUGCCUCCAGUGUUCAGCAGUCGACAUGGCAGAGACAAAACGUGUGCUUCUCCCCUUUCGGAGCGUUCCACAGAAUCUAGCUCACUUCCUAGUGCCACUGAGAACCAGCGUUUUUCUACAAAAAAUACAGCAUUUACAAACAACAUUGCAACCCCAACAUUGCAACCUGUCAGUGAAAAACAGAGAGACUCUUCACCAGAUACUGAUAUGAUUUUAGAUCGGAGUGAAGCAUGCGAACCUGAUGUUCCUCAGCCUGGUCCUCAGACUGUACGAAGGUUUGAUACCAACGGUUCCCCAAGUAGUGAGACACAAGGGUCAGUACCUGUUCCCACCAUUCCGUUGGGUGGCAAAAGCUCUCCAUCCAAGGUGGUGAAAGUUGGAUAUUCAAAGCCAGACUCUUCAACAUCUGUCUCAGUCACUGAAAGCAGUACUGGCCUGCUGAAGGGAUCAGACAGUGUGUCCCCCAUGCCCUCAGCCACACCAAAGGAGCUGGCCUCCGGUGCUAGACGCAAAAUCUUAAUCUCGAAACCCAAAGGAGAGGACCCUGGAGCUGUUGCUUCACAGAUUGACACCCAGAGCCCCCAGAGAGAGGAGGUCCUCAGGAUGAGCUCCAGGCUAUGCCCAGAGUCCUCCUCUCCCAUGUCCCCUGGGCUGUCCCGCAGGUCGCCCCUGCUGCAGCCCCCCAAUGGCCAGCGCACCCCUCCAACAGAGAGACGCUCCCCACUGCUCAGUAGGAGGAAGCUGGCUCCAACUCCAGAGACCCUCAAACAGAGCCAGGAACCUGCCCUGGAGACAACCGCCACUACCAAGACUGAGGAGAAACCAGCUGAAAAGGACAAGCAUAACCCAUUCAAAGCUCCUCAGGUCAUCAGGAAGAUUAGAGGAGAGCCCUUCUCAGAUGCGGCAGGACAUCUGAAGCUGUGGUGCCAGUUCUUCAACGUUCUUAGUGACUCCACAAUUAAGUGGAUCAGGGAUGAGGUGGAGAUCGCUGAGGUUAAAAGAAGUGCAGGAGAUGAGACUCAGGUAGCGUUGGCUAUUGUCCAGACGUCCAGCAGAGACUGUGGAGUUUAUGGCUGCACCAUCACUAAUGAAUACGGGACAGACACAACAGACUUCCUACUGAGUGUUGACAUACUCUCUGGCAUGUUUCUGCGUGAGGAUCAAGAAGUGGGAGAGGAGAUAGAGAUGAGUCCACUACUGUUCACCAAGGGCCUGGCUGACUCUGGCGUCUGGGGAAGUAAGUUCUUUGGGCGUAUCAUGAUGGAGGAGGCCCAUAUAGGAGAGGGCUGCUCCCACAAGGCCUGCAGAGUGAAGGUCAUCUAUGGGCUGGAGCCAGUGUUUGAGUCUGGGACCACAUGUUACAUCAAGGUGAAGAGCCCCAUCGCCUACUACGGAGUCAAGGAGGAGAGCAACCUGGUCGAGAGAAACCUGGCAAUCACCCAACAGGAAUGUAGACUUCAGAACAUCGCUCGUGAAUACUGCAAGAUCUUUGCUGCGGAAUGUAGGGUGAUAGGAACCUUUGGAGAAGUGCUGGAAGUGAUCCCAGUCCACCAUAUGUAUCGGCCUGCCAACACCAUUCCCCAUGCCACGGUGGAGUCUGACCUGAAGGGGGUCUAUCUGAGGUACUGUCUGAUGGACGCUACGGGCCGGCUGGUCAUGAGAACUGGCUCAGAGGCGGCACUGAAGUGUUGUACUCUGCAGCACUGGAUUCUCCAGUGGACCAAUGGAAACCUGCUGCUCACUCGGAUGGAAGGUGUUGACUUCAAGAUCACAAACGUUGGAAUUUCCAUCAAAUCGAAAGGGUACCAAAGUCUCACGAUCACAGAAAAUCCCAAUGUGUUUGAGCAGUUUGUCUCUCAGCACCAGUGUAACUACUACUGCGGCCUCCUCAGCCUGAGGUCCCUGAAGACACAGGACUCCCUGCAGACCCCAGCCAAACCCAAGUGCUCCAGGAGCCCCCUGCUCCACCGUAAGAUGGGCGGCUCCUCCAGUCCCCAGCCCUCCAGGAAGGCCACAGGAAGCCCCCGGUUGAUCAGAAAGCCAGCACAGCCAGAGGACAGCAAAGCCACCGCCAAGCACAAGGCCGUUGAUGUUCCCAAUGUUGUCCGAAGAUAGAAUGGGCCGUAGAAAGCAAGCAACUGCUUUUCUCAAUAAAGAGAAUAAAUGCUGAACCAGAUAUGGAAUUACUGCCAGACUUGUCUUCCCACCUAUAGAGCUUUCGGGGAGCUGGGAGCCGGUCUGGGAUGAAAGGCUGGUGACCCCUCCUCCAAGCCGUGACAGACAGACAGACAGACAGACAGACAGACAGACAGACAGACAGACAGACAGACAGACAGACAGACAGACAGACAGACGAGAUCAGAUCAGAUCGAGAAAGAGAAGGCCAGGUGAAGGAAGAACUUGAAUUUGAAAUGAAUGACACACUAGUAUGUCCUUCAAAUUAUUAAAUUACACAUUAAUUUCACUAAUGAAUACAUUCUUAAUUUAUUGAGUAGAUCACAUAAAAUUUUAGGCUAAAGCUUUCACAUUAUACAGGGAUUCCUAUUGCAUAUUAGUAAUAAUUUGGAGUAGUAAUUCACAGUAGUAAUUCACAAGGUUAGCACGCCAGCUCGAUUCAGGUCCCAACAACAUGAACAUCUAGGGGAAAUAAAUUUAAAGGGCCUGUUAUAGAGUUCAAGAUUAUCUUCAAUGGUGCACAGUGCUCAGGAUAAUAGUUAUGUUAAGAAAACUAUGCCCUAAGAAUGUAGCGUAUAUUGUUUUCCAUGACACUGUGAAUAAAAACGUGGUUCUUUUUAUACUGUAAAUGUGCCUACGUUUUCAUGUUGUAUGACAUUCAU